AUGGCCGCCCGCGACUUCCCCAGGUUUAUGGAUCUGCCGGGGGAGCUACGACUGCAGAUCUGGUCGUACUGCCUCCCCGGCCCGCGCGUGGUCGAGAUGGAUUUCACCCUGUCUUACCACCAGCUCACCGUCCCGGUCGGCUGUCACCGAGAGCUCUGGUCGUCGCAUGCGGGCCACUACCCUGUGAUGUCGCGCGCCGUGGCCCGGGAGCGCUUCCAAUACGCGACCAACGGCACCCAGGGCCCGCACUAUUCGCCCAUGGACCCGCUCUUGGACGCGCCACCCGUCCGCCUCCGCAAGGGCUUUGACAUUCUGCAUCUCAAUUGGCAUUACGGCUACAAGGGGGUCGACGUGUUCUGGCCGCCGAAGCAUCUCUGGAAGACUUUCGAGUGGCUGGCUGGUCAAGCCGCCGCCGUGUCCGUCAGUGCCGACUUGUUGCUCCCGUUUGAGCCAAAGCAGGUCUACGCGAAUCCCUAUAUCACGUCUCUUCAUGAGCGUAAUGUGAAGCGCUUCAAACCAGACCGUCUCCACUACGUAGUUUUGGCUAACGUUGAGAUUCAUAUCACGGCCAGGGAGGCCGCCCAGGCUGCGGUGAUUGGUGACCUGGGCGAGGAACCUAUCCAGCUGGUUGACCCCAGGGACACGGCGGCAAUCACCAAGUUCCGCGAUGUCUGGAAACGUCACCAGCCCGAGCCGCCGUUUGCCGAGGAGCGGGACGUGGCCAAGUUCUUCUCCGCCGUCAUCGAGGGUGCUGCAGACUACUGCGCACGCGUAGAAAAAUGGCGCCAAAACAUGGAAAAGACGUGGUUGUUGCACAAGUGCCGCAAGUUCGACCUCCCAUUGGAGGAUUAUAAAGAUAUUUGGCCACACUGGUGGGAGGGUGGAAAUGAGACUUUUCUUCCUCAUCCCGGCUUGGUUCGCGACUGGGAUGAUAAAGCGCUUCAGUUCGCGAGGGAGCACCCGUGGGUCCAGGACAAACUGGCGCUGAUGCCGCGCUUUGAGCCGGUCAUCAUGUUCCGCCACUGCGUCGGCUGGUGUGGUCCGAUGGGCUGCGCGAAUAGGUCGUUACUUUCACGUUGCAAGACGGGGGUGACAAGACGGAAUCAUAUCAGGGGCGUGCACAGGAACAUCGUGAUCUGGCGUGCUAAACAGAGAGGCGAAAUCGACUGCAGUCUGCCGCCCGUACCCGCGCAAUGA